AUGCCGCUCAAUGUACCGGGCCUGCGCGUUCCUCUACAAUUGCUCUGGUAUCCCCGGGUCAUAGUACCUUCUCUUAUCGUGAAAGACAUACGCCAGCUUGACUUUCUGGCUCUAAAACGGGCUGGAUACCGCGGCGCUAUAUUCGACAAAGAUAACUGCCUUACCCUCCCUCACAAAGAUGAGCUAGUGCCCGAGUUGAAGACUGCCUGGCAAGAAUGUCGGGAGACUUUUGGCGAAAGAAAUGUUAUUGUUGUCAGUAACUCAGCUGGAACCCAUCUGGACGCAGGCGGGAUACAGGCUGAAUCGGUGUCUUAUCACCUGAAUGUGCCAGUUCUGAUUCACACAACAAUGAAGCCCUCUUAUUCAUGUAUUGCUGCGAUCCGGAAAUACUACUCCUCGCUGCCCAUCCCAGUCGAAGACAAAGAGUUGAUCAUAGUCGGAGAUCGGUUAUUCACUGAUGUUGUCCUUGCUAAUCGCAUUCGAUCCUGGAAGGGAUGGCGGUCAUUUCUGGGACUGGAUCGUGAACCCCCUUCUGCCAAGGGUGGACCGCUUGCUGUAUGGACUACAGGAGUUUGGCAGAAGGAAGCGACAAUUUUGAGAUGGUCGGAGAAACAGAUGUUGGCGCUGGUUCAGCGGUGGUCUCGCCCUGGAGUGGAGACACAAUUAGACGUAGGCUCAUUUGAAAGCACAACGCAGUCGGAAAAUCGACUUGAGAACCUAUUCAAAAGAUUUGUGCAGAGGUAG